CCCUGCUGCUGACGUGCGGGGCGGAACAGGCCGGGCGGCUUCGCGGAGCUGUGUGCUUCCGCGGGCUGCGGGGUCGCUAGGGCUUCGUGGCGGGGCGGCUCCGUGGGGCUUCGUCGGCCAGCGCGCCUCGCUGUGCUCUCUCGCGGCGCCUGGCGGGGCCCGCGGUGCAGCCGGACACCGGAGAAAGGUGAAGAACUGAAUGUCAUCAUGUCUGGAAUCAAGCGAACAGUCAAAGAAACUGACCCGGAUUAUGAAGAUGUGUCUGUGGCCCUUCCAAAUAAGCGGCAUAAAGCAAUUGAGAAUUCAGCUCGUGAUGCUGCUGUGCAGAAGAUUGAGACUAUCAUUAAGGAACAAUUUGCUCUUGAAAUGAAGAAUAAAGAACAUGAAAUUGAGGUCAUUGACCAGCGACUGAUUGAAGCAAGAAGGAUGAUGGAUAAACUUCGUGCCUGCAUUGUAGCAAACUACUAUGCUUCUGCAGGUCUUCUAAAAGUUUCUGAGGGAUCAAAGACAUGUGAUACAAUGGUUUUUAAUCAUCCUGCUAUCAAGAAAUUUUUGGAAUCACCAUCUAGGUCAUCGUCUCCUGCCAAUCAGAGAUCAGAAACACCAUCAGCCAACCAUUCAGAAAGUGAUUCUUUAUCUCAACACAAUGACUUCUUAUCUGACAAAGAUAAUAACAGCAAUAUGGAUAUAGAAGAAAGACUCUUACACAACACGGAGCAGAGACCAAGCCGAAAUACUGGAAGGGAUACUUCUAGUGUUACUGGCUCCCAUAAAACAGAACAGCGGAGUGCUGAUCUCACUGGAGAUGAAACUUCACGACUUUUUGUAAAGAAAACAAUAGUUGUGGGCAAUGUGUCCAAGUAUAUACCUCCAGAUAAGAGGGAAGAAAAUGACCAGUCAACUCAUAAGUGGAUGGUAUAUGUCCGAGGGUCUCGUAGAGAACCCAGCAUUAAUCAUUUUGUCAAGAAAGUUUGGUUCUUCCUUCAUCCCAGCUAUAAACCAAAUGACCUUGUGGAAGUGAGAGAGCCUCCUUUUCACCUGACCAGAAGAGGCUGGGGUGAGUUUCCUGUCAGAGUUCAAGUUCACUUUAAGGACAGCCAGAACAAGCGGAUAGAUAUCAUACAUAAUCUGAAGCUGGAUCGAACUUACACAGGCUUGCAGACUCUUGGAGCAGAAACGGUAGUGGAUGUGGAACUCCAUCGCCAUUCUCUUGGAGAAGACUACAUUUAUCCUCAGCCCUCUGAGUCAGACAUCUCUGAUGCCCCUCCAUCUUUGCCUUUGACCAUUCCAGCCCCAGUGAAAGCUUCUUCACCAAUAAAGCAGUCACAUGAGCCAGUACCUGAUGCCUCUGUGGACAAAGGAUUCCCAGCUAGCACUGAAGCUGAGCGACACACUACAUUUUAUUCUUUGCCAUCUUCAUUGGAAAGAACACCCACCAAAAUGACAACAUCCCAGAAAGUUACCUUUUGUUCUCAUGGUAAUUCAGCUUUCCAGCCAAUAGCAUCAAGCUGCAAAAUUGUGCCACAAAGUCAGGUUCCUAACCCUGAGUCACCUGGAAAAUCCUUCCAGCCCAUCACCAUGAGCUGCAAGAUUGUGUCAGGUUCCCCAAUAUCAACUCCAAGCCCAUCACCAUUGCCUCGAACCCCAACUUCCACUCCAGUCCAUGUGAAGCAAGGAACUGCCAGCUCCGUUAUUAAUAAUCCCUAUGUUAUCAUGGACAAGCCUGGGCAGGUUAUUGGAACUACCACUCCCAGUACAGGAAGUCCGACAAACAAGCUCUCUACGGCUCAGGUCUCCCAAGGAACAGGUUCUCCUAUUCCUAAAAUUCAUGGAAGUAGUUUUGUAACAUCUAAUGUCAAGCAGGAGGAUUCUUUGUUUGCAUCUAUGCCACCUCUUUGUCCAAUUGGGAGUCACCCUAAGGUUCAAAGCCCCAAACCUAUAACUGGAGGACUUGGAGCUUUCACAAAAGUGAUCAUCAAACAGGAACCUGGUGAAGCCCCUCACGUGCCCACCACAGGAGCUGCCAGCCAGUCACCACUUCCUCAGUAUGUGACUGUGAAAGGGGGUCACAUGAUAGCCGUGUCCCCUCAAAAACAGGUCAUAACUACUGGAGAAGGGACUACCCAGUCACCAAAGAUUCAGCCCUCCAAGGUUGUUGGGGUACCAGUUGGGUCUACUUUACCUUCAACAGUGAAACAGGCUGUGGCAAUCAGUGGUGGCCAAAUCCUUGUAGCCAAGGCCAGCUCUUCUGUUGCCAAAGCAGUUGGUCCAAAGCAAGUUGUGACCCAAGGAGUGGCCAAAGCAAUUGUGAGUGGAGGUGGAGGAACCAUUGUAGCCCAGCCGGUGCAGGCCUUAACCAAGGCUCAGGUCACUGCUGCUGGUCCUCAGAAGAGUGGAUCGCAGGGUUCAGUAAUGGCAACGCUGCAGCUCCCAGCCACUAAUUUGGCCAACUUGGCAAAUUUGCCUCCUGGCACUAAACUCUACCUUACCACAAACAGCAAGAAUCCUUCAGGAAAAGGAAAACUGCUGCUGAUCCCUCAAGGAGCCAUCCUGCGAGCUACCAACAAUGCUAAUCUCCAGUCCGGCUCAGCUGCCAGUGGUGGUAGUAGUACAGGAGGAGGAGGAGGAGGAGGCAGUGGCAGUGGCAGUGGCAGUGGUGGAGGUGGCAGCGGAGGAGGAGGAGGAACAGGAGGAGCGCAAAGUACCACUGGCUCUGGAGGGAUAUCCCAGCACCUGACUUACACAUCUUAUAUCCUCAAGCAAACUCCCCAGGGCACAUUUUUAGUUGGCCAGCCAUCACCCCAGACUUCUGGAAAGCAACUGACUACUGGGUCAGUGGUCCAGGGAACCCUGGGAGUCAGCACAUCUUCUGCACAAGGACAACAAACAUUAAAAGUCAUCUCUGGACAGAAAACCACUUUGUUUACACAGGCAGCCCAUGGAGGGCAGGCAUCUCUAAUGAAAAUAUCUGAUAGCACCUUGAAGUCUGUGCCAGCCACCUCACAACUCUCAAAACCCGGAACCACAAUGCUGAGAGUAGCAGGAGGGGUCAUCACAACUGCCACUUCCCCAGCUGUGGCCCUGUCAGCAAAUGGUUCUGUACAACAGUCUGAAGGAACAGUUCCCAGUUCAUCAUCUGCUGUCAGUUCUGUAAUGAAAACUUCUGGGCAGCAGCAAGUGUGUGUGAGCCAGGCCACCAUGGGAACCUGCAAGGCUGCCACCCCUGCUGUCGUCAGUGCCACAUCCCUGGUGUCCACACCUAACCCCAUCUCUGGGAAAGCCACAGUAUCAGGAUUAUUAAAAAUUCACUCCAGUCAAUCCAAUCCCCAGCAAGCUGUCCUAACAAUUCCCAGCCAGCUCAAACCACUCAGUGUAAACACAUCUGGAGGUGUGCAGACUAUACUGAUGCCUGUGAAUAAAGUGGUUCAGUCAUUUUCUACCAGCAAACCACCUACCAUUGUGCCUGUAGCUGCUCCAACUCCAGUUGUCCCCAGCUCUGCUCCAGCAGCUGUUGCAAAAGUGAAGGCUGAACCAGAAACACCUGGGCCAAGCUGCCUCUCCCAGGAGGGUCAGACAGCAGUGAAAACAGAAGAAAGUUCUGAGCUGGGAAACUAUGUCAUUAAGAUAGAUCAUUUAGAGACUAUCCAGCAACUCUUAACAGCAGUAGUAAAGAAGAUUCCAUUAAUCACUGCAAAAAGUGAAGAUGCCAGCUGCUUUUCUGCAAAGUCUGUGGAGCAGUAUUACGGCUGGAACAUUGGGAAAAGGAGAGCUGCUGAGUGGCAAAGAGCGAUGACAAUGCGAAAAGUCUUACAAGAAAUACUGGAGAAGAAUCCAAGAUUUCACCACCUGGCCCCUCUUAAAACCAAGCACAUUGCUCACUGGUGUCGCUGCCAUGGCUACACCCCACCAGAUCCUGAGAGCCUGAGGAAUGACGGGGACUCCAUUGAGGAUGUGCUGACCCAGAUCGACAGCGAGCCAGAGUGCCCGUCAUCAUUCUCCUCUGCUGACAACCUCUGUCGGAAACUGGAGGACCUGCAGCAGUUCCAGAAAAGAGAACCAGAGAAUGAGGAGGAGGUGGACAUCCUGAACCUCUCAGAGCCAUUAAAGAUAAACAUCAAAAAAGAGCAGGAAGAGAAACAAGAGGAAAUGAAAUUCUACCUGCCACCAACCCCAGGGUCUGAAUUUAUUGGUGAUGUCACACAGAAGAUUGGGAUCGCCCUGCAGCCGGUGGCGCUACACAGGAACGUGUACGCAUCAGUGGUAGAGGACAUGAUCCUAAAGGCUACGGAACAGCUGGUGAAUGAUAUCCUGAGACAGGCUUUGGCGGUCGGAUACCAGACAGCAUCUCACAACAGGGUUCCCAAAGAAAUUACAGUGAGUAAUAUCCACCAGGCCAUUUGCAACAUUCCUUUCCUGGACUUCCUCACAAACAAACACAUGGGGAUAUUGAAUGAGGAUCAGUGAACAGAACGAAGAUGCCCCUAGAAAAUCAGGAUCUGAAGGCGUAUCCAAAGCAUGUGAACUGUGAUGACUCUUCUCUUUGGAGAAGGCGGUUGUUUUCUUUGUGCCUCAGAAUAUCAUGGCUACCAAACCAUUGCCUCUUCCUAAUUCUGUAACACCAGAGUGUUCGGUUCCAGAUGAAAUCCUUUUAGGACAUAAGUUGGUUACCUGAUUCUGGAGUGAAGCUGUAAGUGGAUACAUGCUCUGUCAACUUACAUUUCUUCACUCUCUGUCAAGGCUCCAUAAGGAGGUCUCAGAGCUGGGCCAGGCAGUGCGUAUCGUGUCCUUCUCUCCUCUGAGUGUACUCAAGGGGGCACAUUGGGCCUCACUCCCCAGCAGGUAGACAAGGAGUCUGGCGGGCUAGAGAUUUUAUCCAUUCGGUGGGCUGGGGUAACAGGAAACUCCAGCAGUUACCCUGAAGAGGGACUGGGCUUCAGCACUCAGCGAGUGGUUCUUUGCUCCUGCCUGGCCUUGGUGUGGAGGAUCUGCACUCUUAACAAAGUGAGUCAGCCAGCAAGGAACCACAGAGGCCUGGGAGGCUGCAAACCGAGCAGAGUUCGUUUCGUGGAGCACAGGAGCAUUACUGCAACCAGUGUCAAAGCAACAUCGGGAUGGAGAGAUCCCAGCAUAGGUCAGGAAAAGGUUUGACUAUAACCCAAGAAACUCUUAGUAAUAGGCAACAACUACAAGUCCCCGACACUUGGCAGAAUUGCACCAACUUUACUUUUGUGUGCCGAGCAGAUAGCUGGUUCCACACCAUUUGCAUGGUCUGCAGGAGCUUUGGCUAAAUCCGUGUUGAGUGGGAACAGCCCCUGGGCAGGCUCUGCUGGGAUCGUUUGUCCUAUCAGUGGAUUUAGAAUUCUGUUCUUCUCUGUCAAGGAGUUUUUCCCAAGAAGAUAAGUGUUUAAAAGAAACACCUGUGAGUGCCUUAAAGUUGGAGCAACUGCUGUUCAAGCCCAGAGACAGGGAUUCCAGUGCUCAGAAGCAGUGAGACUAGGUGGUGUCCAUAGCAAAGCCCCCUCGAUGGAGGGAGCAGACAGUGCCACUGCGUGGCGUCCAGGUCCACUGAAGCUAUCCCAGGCUUCUCAACGUGGUCUGUGUGGAAGGUAAAACGAAAAACUUAUUCUGUUAGAAAUCUGCUCUUACUCUGCUCAAAGAAAAUGUGAAACCUGCAAGUCAGAGUCAAAGAAACUUGUCCAAGCAACAUAACUCUUGUUUUACAGUCCUAUAGAUAGAUGUUUGAGUCAGGAAAGUAAGGCAGUGGAGGUGACUGGAUAAAAUCUACCUUUUUAAUUUAGCAUCUGAGGGCUGCCAAUAAAUGCAGAAGGAAUCUAUUCUCAGUAGGGCAUAGGGCACGCCCUGGCUUAAUAAAAUAGUUGAGGAUGUGAGGCUCAAAUAUUCUAUAUAUGAACUGCUACAUGCAAGGCUGAUACACAGGUGUAUAGAUUCGAUCAGCAAGUGGACUCUGAGAUCUACAGGGUGGAAGAUUUGAUCCAUAUGAGAACAGAAUUUAUUCAUUACAAGUAUGAAAGCCUAAAGAAAUUAUCUUUUUGCAAAUGAAAUUUUAAAUGAUUUAACAGUCUUCAUAUGUGUUACUGUUUCAGAUGUGUCUGUAUCAUAAUGUGUAACAUAAUUGUGUAACAGAAAUGUCUACAAUAAAUCUUUUAGUAUUU